UGUUUGUGACUGUGAGCAGGAUGUGCACCGGUGGGUGAAGCGGGAGAGAGAGGCGGCGGAGCGGGCGUUUAGAAAUGAUGAGAAAGUAACAAAGUGCAGAGAUUUCAGUCUUUUAUAUCGACUGUUGUCAAAACGUCUACAGCUUGGAGAAGAUGAAAUCUGCGUGAACAGUCAUCAAAUCACGAGACACGGGUGAAAUGAGGCAUUGUCUGUAUAACUGCAGUGCAACAGUUGUCUGAGUUAUGAUGGAAGCCAUUCAGGAUGCCAUACAGGAGCAACCUGAGCAGCCUAAAACUAAAGUGGAGGAGCGAGAGGCUCUGAUCCUGGAACUACAGGAUGUCAUCACUGAGCUACACCAGGAGAUGUCUCUGAAAGAACAGCACGAGCUCCAGCAGCUUCAAGAGCUCCUUCAGCUGGAGGCCAGAGUCAAAGAGCUUCAAGAGCAGGUGCAAGGUUCAGAGGAGUAUAUAGCUCAGCUGAGACUAGAGCUGGCUGAGAAAGCAGAGAGUAGCAGCACCACGCUGAAUGUCGCUUCCACUGAUCUCACCGCUCUCAGAGGAACAGAGCUGUUGAAAAGUGAGUUGUCACGUCGGGACGCGAGCAUCCAAAGACUCCGGCAAGACCUGCUCCACUCUCAUCAGGCCCGUGAUGCCCAGAGCGUUCAGCUGGACGUCCAAGAGCAGAGACUGUGGGAUCUGCAGAGACAGCUGCAAGAAAGCCAGCAGGAGCUCCAGAGGGGACACGACCGCAAACAGCAGCUGCACAGGCAGCUACGAGAUGCCAGGAAGCAAGAUCUGGAGCUACAGGCUCAGGCUGAGCAGAUCCAGCGGCUGGAGGAGGAAGUGUCCAGGCUGAAAUCUCAGCAUAGUUCAGUCAGUCAGCAGGAAUGGUGUCGGCUCCGGGGGGCACAAGAGGAGCUGAAAGCGAGAGAAGAGGAGUGGAAGAAAGAGAGAUCCUUCCUUCAAGAGCAGCUCAAUGGAGUCAGAGAGGAGCUCCACCGCGCCAACCUCAGGGAAGAAGAGCAUCGACUGAAAGUUCUGCAGAUUGAUGAACUCCAAAGAGAGGUUGACAAGACGCUGGCACUGCUUGAAAAGGAGAGAGAGGAUUGUGUAAAGGCGGAGGAGCUGGAACGACUGAGAGAAGAGCAACUCAAGGACAAGGUCAGGCAUCAAGAAGAGCUGAUCGCACAGCUGCAGAAAGAGCUGGAAAGGGCUGGAUUUGACCAGAAGGAGAAAGAGCUUAAGGAAUGGAAAGAGCGCUGGUACUCCAUCUCAGAGAGCCUCCAGCACACACACACACAGCUCCAGCAGGCCCAGGACAGCCUGGAAAUACAGCAGGAGAAGAACCGCAGCCUGCAGGAUCAUGUGGAUAAACUCCAUACUGCGCUGGUGGAAGAACAGUCCACAGUCUCCAGGCUGCAGCGUGAGCUACAGGAAGCAGAACAUCAGAGGGAUCUCCUGGGCUCCAGAGCAGCUGAGCUGAACUGUGACAUCCAGCAGAAAGACUGCAGGCGGCUCACAGAGCGUGACGAGGUGUCCAGUAGAGAUGAGACAGUUCUGAGACUGACGGCAGACCUGCGGGCCGCUCAGGAGAAUCUGACCGCUGCACAAGAGGAGCUGGCAGAGCAGAUGCUGCAGGUCACGUCUAGGGAAGAGGAGGUUGUGGCCCUGCAGAAGGAGGUGAGCAGACUUCAGGAGAUCCUGAAACAGAGAGAAGAAAUGAUGGAGAAGAACAAACACAACACAACACAGCUCCAGCGAGAGACAGACUCCCUUUACAGACAGUGUGAAGUCCAAAAGGAGGAGCUGUGUGAUCUGUGUGAAGAAGUGCAGCGAUGGCAACAGGAAGCGCAGGAACAGAAGGAGAGCCGAGUGAAGGAGGUGCAGGCCCUUAAGGAAGAGCUGCAGAGCACACAAAGCCGUCUGCAGCAGCACAGAGAUAACCUGGAGAGUCUGUGCCGUGAGCUGGAGACGGCCCACAGACAGCAAAGAGACCCGGAGGAUGAGGCCUCCUGCAGGGCGGCAGCUCUCCGCAGUCAGGAUACAGAGCUGACUGAGCUGAAGGCAGGUCUACUGGAGGCUGAGAAACUGGCCACAGACGCAGAGGCCCGACUGCAACCUCUUAGUGAAUCCCUUGAGCUCUGCAAACACAAGUAUCAGGCCUGCCUCAGCAAGAUCGCACAGCUGGAGCACACACUGUUUGGUCGCGAGGAGGACCUGAAAGAGGCCCACAGUCAGGUGGCACAGAGGGAAGAGCAGGUCCUCCGUCUGAGGGCUCAGGUUGUAGCUCUGCAGGGGGAUCUGCAGGUACACUGCGCUCAGCUGGAGAGUGGAGACGAUGCCCUCGCCACUCUGAGCCAGCAGCUCCGAGACACGCUGGGAGAGCUGGAGCACAGCCGUAAACACAGCCAGGAGUGUGAGCUGCUCAUCAGCACUCUCAGAGACACCGCUGCUACCCUUCGCCGACAGGCUGAAGAGCAAGAAGAGAUGGUAGUGAAGACACAGGCUGAUUUCUCCAUCUACCGGGCCACUCACAUUCACUCCGACUCAGACUACGAAUCCCAGCUGUCCCGUGUUCAGGAACUGGAGCACGCACUGUUCCAGUCACUGGAGCGCUGUGGUCAGAGCGCCCAGGAGUCGCGGGUCUGCCAGCUGGAGUUGGCACGGCACCGAGAUGCCAGUACGGCAGAGGUGCAGCGACUGCAGGAGCAGGUGAGGAAGCUCCAGGCGGAUGCAGCGGAUGAGGGCCGGAAACGAGCACACAUUGAUUCUCUGGAACAGAAGGUAGCCAAUCUAGAAGGAGAGCUACAGGCAGCUCAAAGCCAGUGUGGCCAGGCUAUCCAGAAGAGAGACGCCCUACUGAGACAGUCCGAGGCUGAUCUUCUGCAGGCACGGGAGAAGAUCCGAAGCAAGGCGGCGGAGGCAGAGAGACAGGCCGUCUCUGCUCGAGGGCUGGAGGCUGAUCUGCAGAGAGCCAAGAAAGAAAAAAGGCAGAGGGAGAAAGAGUGCGCCUCACUCAAAACACAGAUGCUUCAGCUCAGAGAACAACUGAAGGAGGCUCACACCACCUGCAGAGACACGGCCCAGGAGCUGAUGCGGCAGCAGGAGAAAGAGCAGCUAUUGGAGAGAGGUCAGCGUCUGGCUCAGGAGCAGCUCUCAGAGCGUGUGGCGGAGGUGGUGCUGGCAGAGAAAGCUCAGAGGAGACUCCAGGCAGAGCUCAAGAGAAUAACAGAGAGUCUGGAAAGCACCCAACUGGAGCUGCAGGACUCACGGAGGAUGCUGGAGCGUGUGAAGACAGAGGCCAGCAGCAGCAGACAGGAAGCCCUGAGACUCCAGCAGGAGAAUCAGCAGAUCCAGGAAGAGCUGGAUGUCAACAGAGAGACCCUCUCAGCCCUGCAGACUAAAAUGUGUGAACAGGAGAAGCUUCUAAACACACAUCAGGAGCGUAUUUCUGAGUUGCAGCUCAGCAUCCACAGACUGCAGGAAGAAGAAGUGAACAGCCAGACUCAGCUGCAGCUGUGCAGGAGAGAACUGGAGACCAAAGAUGAACAAGUACAGACGCACUACCAAGAGAUGAGCACUCUGCAGGCUAGGGUGUCCAGGCUGAAGCUGGAUCUGGAGCAGGAGCAGGAGAGGUGGCGGCGGGGGGUACGAGAGGCAGCCAAGGCUGAUCAGAGAGGGCGAGAGCUGAGACUGGAGCUCAGCACAGCACAGGCCUCUCAUAAAGAGUAUAUGGAGCUGCUGGCUGAGUACAGUCGAGAGGUGACGGCCCAGAGGAGUGAGCAGGCCCGUCUGCAGCAGUGCCUGAUCCAGCUGACAGAGGAGAGGGAGACUCAGGAGGAGCGAGUCAGACAGAUGAGCGCAGAUCUACAGAGAGCACACAACGAGACCAGGUGCUCUCAGGAGGAGGCCCGGGUGUGUGAGGGGCGACUGGCGGAGCUGCACACCCAGCUGACACGCUCACAGCAGUGGGCACAGCAGCAGAUGACGGCCCUGCAGGCCAGAGACGAGGAAGUGCUCACACUUAAGAUGGACAUGGCCUCUCUCAGAGACAACUACACUGCUAAAGUAGCUCAGGUUGAGGCUUUGCUCUCACAGAUGGACGCUGUCAGUCAGAAGUACAGCACAGCUGUGUGUGAGGCCGAUGUUCUGCGGCAGUGUUUAGGAGACGCACGGAGUGACAGCUCUCGACUUCACAGGGAAAGCGAGCUAGUCGUGACCAAUGUGAACCAGUGGGUGAAGGAGCAAAAGCACACUAAUGAGAAACUGGCACUCAAGAUCAAGGACCAGAGCAGGAAGAUCAUCCACCUGACAGCUGAGAGAGAUCACCUUCAGGAGAAUGUGAAGGGUUUACAGAGAGAAAUCAGGAUGCUGAAAGCAGAGCUGGAGAAGCAGAGCGACUGAAGUGAAGAAUGAGGCAGAGGAAGAAGAAAGCACUUCCUGACCACCAGCAGCACAAGUCUGUGCCAGUCAGUGCCUGAUCGACGUGGAUGGCUAUAGAACUGUGUUCUGCAAACAAACUCACUCUUAAAUCCUUUCUUCAUCACUGACUCGAUGAGUUCUAGAAAAAAUGUGAUUAUCAAAUGAUGACUGAUAAUGACCUUAAGACAGAUAAUUGUCCAAAAUUAGACAGUCAAAUCAGUUUGCCGACUUCUGUCCGUCAAACUCACUGAAUCGUCUGUCAUACAAUCUAAUAUCUGUCUACUAUUUGGCAAAUUCCCAGCUUUAUGGUAAAAAUGAUGGUCUUAUUAUGGUGCAUGUACUUCAGAUAUCAGGUAUGCUGAGAGGCUAGUGAAUGGAGUUUUGUUUGUUCCAUUCCUGAAAGCAGUCUUUAGUCUCGAAAAAGGACUAAACUUCUGAAUGAUCGUCAAAAAGUGAAACAUCUCUGUGUUUGCACAAAGGAAAGGAGUAGUAGAAUACAGUGUGAUAAAUGUUUAAAAAAGGAGAAUCAUUGUGUUCCUGGUUGUAAAAAAUACUGGUUUACUUUGGAUGUUUUUACUUGAAAUUGUGUGAAUAUUUCUCUGUUAUGGUCUUUAACAUGCUCACAUAGUUUCGACACUCUGAAGUGUUGUAGAAUGUGGAUGCAAAAUUUAUAUUACGAUUCUGAUAUUUGACACAAAUUUCAUGGUUAAAGGCAGGCGCACAGACCCAAAAUAGUUCAUGCAUAUGAUUUUUUUUUAAAAAUCUUUUUGUUGUUAAUGCCAUGCCCUACUGUUUAAGCUUCAGAAAAGCGCACACACAAAAUCAAACUUUAAAAUUUGGGGGGAUUAAAUACUGUUUAUAAUGUUCACAUUUUGUGAAACAUAGAUGUUUUAAAAAUAGUCGUUAAAAACAUUUUGUAAUGUGUAAAAAAAAAAAAAAAAUAAAUAAAUUUUUAAUUUGAUACAUUUUAUUAGUUAAUUUUUUAGUUUUAUAGUUUAUACCUGUUUUAUUUUUUUAUUUUAGUGAUGUGAUUUUUGGUUAAUUGUAUUGAAUUCAUUUAAGAUCAGUUGACUCUGAACAUAACGAUUACAUCCAGAAUAUUAACAUAAUACAAGAGAUAAAUAGCACUCGGCAUUCAUUCAUUUUUCAUUAAAUACAAAGACCACAUAUAUGCAGCUAAAAUUAGCUUUAAUUUAAGAAAAACACAAACAAAAAAAAUGCACUUGUCCUGUUUGCAUCUGCAGAAAGUGUCCAUUACAUAAUUUUCCUAUUUAUAAAUGUCAAUAUUUUUGUCAACGGUCUGACUUCUUCACACUUAUCUAGAUUUUCCUUUGUAAUUUCACUAUUUUUUCAUCUUCUACAAUUAGCAUUUCAGUUUAAUAACCUGAUACAAAAGCCUGUGCUCUCUGUUUUUCUGCACAAUGAUUUGAGGUAAUUUAUUCCAAAAUCAUCAGGUACAUCAUUCGCAUAUACAUCACCGACUCACAUUGUCAAGUCUUAAGUAUCUAAGCAUCUGAUGCCCCUCAUGUUCAUUUAUAUUCUGACAUCAGCUGCUGAUUUAUUUUUGUCUUUCAAAUCAAAUUUGUUGACGUGCAAUACUUCAUUUUAAUGAACAUUCUACUGUGAAUUUUGUGCCUAGUUUACAGAGAUGAAUGAGAGUGUGAAUUCUAAUGGCAAGUAAAGUUUCAAUGCUGCUUCUGUCAUAGUUUGUGGUUUAAAAAAGUUAAAGGUAAUGCUUGUAUUUGUACAUUAAUCAAUCAUGUUAUAAUGCCUAAUAUGACUGAUAGCCUAAUACCUAACAUUUUAAUGGAUUUUACGUUGAAGGCAAUGAAAAGAUUUCAGUGAUGUUGUAUCGUUAGUAUGCAUUACAACAUAAAUAGCACUGUUAAAUUAUUAAAUAAUGUCAUGCCUUAUUCACUAUGUCAUCAUGCAAAACAAAUCAGUCAAUAAAUGUGAUGCAUGUUUGUAUUUGGCAGCUUUUUUAACUAGUCAGGAUUAAAGGAAAGCAUUUCAGUGGAUGACUGGAAGACAGCAGCAAACUAUCUAUCUCCCUUUAGUGUCAAGUGCAUGCUUUAAUUUUUCUAUUUCAGAUCACGAUGCUAUUAAGAAUAAAAUCCUGCUUGAGUUGCUCUGAUAGUUGUGCUUGCAUGUGCAUGUGGAGAGGGCUUGUUUGAAGUGUUCUGAGUCAAUGAGAGUUGAACCCCAAGUGACAAGCUGUGAAAUCAAUAGACAACAGUCAAUAUCUAACACUUGAGGUGCCUGUUGAAAAAAAGGAUGCCAAUAAUUGUUAUUAAUCCUCCGACUUUCCCAGAGCACUGUUUAAGGCCAAUUCUAGUGAAACAGACUUCUCAAACACAAUGGUGCCCUGUAGCUACGCAACCAUAAUUACAUGCAAAACAAGGUUGUGAUUAUGUUGUAAAUAAUGAGGAAGGACUGUGAACAAUAGCGUAAAUAAUAAGUGGGUCAUAUGCAUUUGUGUAGUGCUGUUGAUCUUCACACAUCUCAUUUUCAAGCUCAGCUAUGAGUGGGUUGUGUUCCAAGAAAGGCAAUAAGGCAACUUUAUUCAUGCCACAUUA